CCCCCCUUGUCUCCAUAAUGGAGUUAACCCUCGAAAAAAUUGGGAAUGAGGGCUCGGUCCCAAAAAAUGAAAUGCCAAUUGUCUUCGGGGCGCUUUACGUCUGUUUUUGUCAAGUUGAGAGAUGGCGCGCAGGGCGGCGACAGGACGACCCUCGCAAUGACACAUGGAUCAUGAAGUUCCCCAAAUCUUACGCCCGCACCCCAUCCUCGAGGUAUAAAAGGACCUGCGAAUCCUCCCGUAUUCAGCACGAGUCUUCUCGCCCCACAUUUCAUCAACAGCAGCUCUUCGACUUCACUUGUUUUACUACAUUCAAUCUGUUACCGUCUUCAUCACUACCAAGUCUAUCAUUAUGACCCGCUACACUGCUUUCUUCGUCGCUCUCGCUACUGUUCUCUCUGUCGCUACUGCUUCCCCCGUCGUCGACCAAAGCGGGUCUUUGGCCAAGCGCGAGUCCCAUACUGGAAAGGCCACCUGGUUCAAUGUGGGACUUGGUGCUUGUGAAGAAACCGAUGUCGAUAGCAGCCCUGUCAUCGCGCUCUCCACCGCGAUCUUCGACAAGGCUACUCACUGCAACAAAGAAGUGACGAUCACAAACCCCGAAACCGGCAAGACCGCCACUGGUCAAGUUCGUGAUGCUUGCCCCGGAUGUGGUGCUGAUGACCUCGAUUUGAGCCCUUCGCUCUUUGAAUCACUUGGUUCCCUCGACGCUGGUGUCCUUCAAAUUGAGUGGGAUCUCUAAGCGGAGCUGCGCUCUCAAGUGUUGUAUCAUCAAGCUAGACACCUUCCACCGGCGGGAAGGAUCCGACGUUCAUUCUCACUCCA